ACAAGUAAUAAUUCUAAAUAAAAUUGACAUAAAAGUGAUAAUUAUUAAUAUGUAUUAGAAUUAUAAAUAUACAUGUUAUUUUAAGUUUCUAUGAUACUUUAUUUGAAUUAUAAUUCAUGUGUUAGUUAUAAAUUUGAACAAAAUGACAGAAGAGUUAACAGUAUUUACCUCAUUGAAUAAAUUAUGUCGUACAUGCUUCACUGAAAAAAAUCCAGAAGAACUGAAAUGUUUAUAUGAUAAUAACUUAAGACAGGAUUUGAAAGAAAUUACAUCUAUAGAAGUGCAAGAAAAUGAUGGUUUGCCUUAUGGAAUUUGUCACAACUGCUGUUAUAUGCUCAACAUUAGUAUAAAUUUCAAAAAGCAGUGCUUAAAAUCAGAAAGUCAGUUACGAAGUGUUUUAUUUCCUGAAGAAUCGACACUUAUUUAUAAAUCAAUUACUAUAUUAGAUAGUAAUCCUAAUGAUUUGUGCUUAGAAAUCAUCAAUGAAGAAAAUCUACCAAAAUCAAAUGAUACUGAUCUAAAUAUAUCUGAAAAUUCGGUAGAAAAUGAUUUGAUUGCCAAAAAUUACAAUGAAAACAUCAAAAACGUACCUAAAAGUCCUUAUACAGACGAUAGGCAAGAAUUUCAAGAAAAUAUUGAACAUAAUACUCAUAGUGUUAUUAAAUAUAAUCCAAAAGUAAACGCUAAUGAAAUUUUUAAGCCAAAACUAUUCGAUUGUUCACAAUGUGCCAAGAAGUUUAGACUUGAAAGUACUUUUAAGUUACAUAUGGUAACCCAUGGUAAAAAAUUAGUUUGUGAAGUUUGUAAUCAACAGUUUAUUGUUAUGAGAACAUACAGGUCCCAUAUGUUAUCUAAACAUCCAGAUUAUCGUCCAUAUAAGUGCAAAAAUUGUGGGAAAUCUUUUAAUGUGUCUCACAACCUUGUUAAACAUUUAAGAAUACAUGGAGGUGAACGGAAACAUCUAUGUACAGUUUGUGGAAAGAGAUUUUAUGAACACAAUCAUUUAUUAGUACACUUAAAAUCACACACUGGAGAAAAACCCUUAAGUUGUAAAACUUGUGGGAAAAAAUUCAGCAGUAAACAUGGACUAGUUACACAUAAUAAAAUUCAUACUGGGGAAAGAAAGUAUCAGUGUAACGAAUGUGGUAAAAGAUUUGCCCAUUCUUUUGUACUGAGUGCUCAUAAGAGAGUUCAUACUGGAGAAAAACCGUUUAAAUGUACUACUUGUGGAGCUUCCUUUGCUUCAUCUUCUUAUUUGAAAAUACAUGAGAGAAUCCAUACCCAAGAAAAACCAUACAAAUGUGAUACAUGCCUCAAAUCUUUUGUGAGCAAAACUGCUCUUUCAACGCAUCAGGUGAUUCAUAAUAAAGAAAAGCAAUAUCAAUGUUCAAUAUGUGGGAAAACUGCCAAUCGAUCUACUGAUUUGCAAAUUCAUAUGAGGUCGCAUACGGGUGAAAAACCUUAUACGUGUGACCAAUGCGGUAAACGAUACUUAACAUCAAGUAAUUUAGCAGCACAUAGACGUACCCAUUUUGGAAUAAAAAACUUUGUAUGUUUUACAUGCGGUAAAGCUUUUGGAGAUUCCAGAACGUUGAAGUGUCACUACAGAGUACAUACUGGAGAAAAACCAUAUUUAUGUAAUAUAUGUGGAAAUAGCUAUUCACAAUCAGGACAAUUAUCUGCCCAUAAAAGGAUACACAAUAACGAUAAGAGGGAUGAUAUUAUAGUAAACCUAGGAAAAAAUAUUAGUUCUUAAUAUUAUUGUAUUUUUGUUAUAACUCCUAUUUUCAAUGUUUCCCUUUUAUUGUUAUAUUAAAUGUUCUUAUUGUUG